UCGUUUUGUUAACUCAAAUAUAAUUAAUUUUAAUAUAAUCAAAAAUUGAUUUUUGAACUUCACUCCAAACUUUUAUUCUAAAUUUGUAAGUAUUUACCUAAGUAAACUGUCUAAACAACAGUUGACGCAAGUCGAUAAAAACAGCAAAGUAAAAAUUAGUUGAUUCUGCUAUAAACAUGCAUUCAGCAUAAAACCAGUAAAAAGGAUGGCUACGUCAGUGAUUGGGUUUCAUAAUCUUUUUUCUCUUGCAUCCCGCGAAAGAUGUAUGCUAAACUUUAAAAAGUUUCGUGUGCCAUUCACUAACAAAAAUAAGGUACCCAGCGGGAGUGCAGCGGUGCUGAUCCCCAUGUGCCGGGUCAACGAUCACGCCACAUUGCUGUUCACUGUACGAUCUGCUAAAUUAAAUAGCCACAGUGGUCAAAUUUCAUUUCCCGGUGGGAAGACUGAUAAAGGUGAGACCCCAGUGGAAACUGCUUUAAGGGAAACACAAGAGGAAAUAGGGCUUUCUUCAUCCAAGAUAGAUAUUUGGGGACAUGGUCCUUCCUUUCCUGGGAAGGAUUUUAAACUAAUGAUUACUCCUAUUAUAGCUUAUGUUCCGGAUUUCACUGUUGACGAUUUAAAAAUCAAUGAAGAAGAAGUGACUGAGGUGUUAGCCGUGCCUAUACAUAUUCUUUGUGACCCUAGUAAUCAGUAUCAUACUCAAUUUAGAAAUGGAUUUGUCUUGCCUGUAUUUUUGGCAGAAAAUUAUAAAAUUUGGGGUAUCACCGCUUAUAUUACUCAUGUGUUCCUGACAUGUUUACUCCCUAGACACAUGUAUAGAAAUGAAUGGAUGAAAAAGAGAAUUACUUUAGAUGAGGACUGGGAACAGUAGAAAAUAUGUACAUUACAAUUACUGAGGCAACUGUCUUAAAUGCAUGUGUGCAGAAUUGAUUACAAUUAAUUUUAUAUGUUGUUGAAUAAAUUUACACUUGUUUUAUUACAAAUGGUUUAUUAAAAAUUACAAAAGCUA